UCCUUUGGCAAGUAUGAGCCAUGAGGUAUCCAGAGCCCCAUGGUCCACAAAGGCUUAUCAGUAUCAAAUAGUAAAAUGGCACAAUUCUGAUUCCAUUCCAUAACUUGGUGGUCACAAACAGAGGAUCUAUAUACGAGCCUGACCCCACUAGCACCACCAACCUCAAUAUAAACUCCACCACCACCCUUCCACUUCCCCUUCAUCCACAUCAAAUUAAACUUAGCUAGCUUCAAUCAGAAUUUUCUCUGCUCUCUGAUUUAUUCAUCGCUAAAAGCCAUGCUUGAAGGCAAAGCAGUGAUUGGAGAGACUGACAUGCCCCAAACCAUGCAGCAGGAUGCACUCGAUGUAGCUUCGAAAGCUCUGGAUUUCUUUGAUGUCACUGAGGCUACUGAGAUUGCCCGCUUCAUCAAAAAGGAAUUUGAUAGAACAUAUGGAGGUGGAUGGCAAUGCAUAGUAGGGAAGGAUUUUGGUUCGUUUGUAACCCAUUGCCAUGGCUGUUUCAUUUAUUUUUGCAUUGGCAGCUUUGCAAUUUUGCUCUUCCGGGGAUCUGCAGCUCCUGAAGCUGAGGCUGCAAACCAGUUUGCAGCUUUGGACACUGUAGAAGCAUGAGCUUUUUUCUUCUUUGUUUUAUUUUAUGCUCUGUUCUUAAUUAGCUCUGUACCCUGUAUUAAUUUUUAGUGUAGACUGAAAUGAAAAAUUAAAAGGCAAAAAAAAAAAAAAAAAAAAGAGAAAAUUUAGUGUCACUCAA